AUGGGUUCUUGGUCAAGUGAAAAAUACGAUGGAUUCACCUUAGGUGAGAACUGCGGUGUACAUGAUUAUGCCUUCAGUUGUGGAGAGCCAAUCGGUUUCUCAAAAUUUUUCUUGGGCGACGAUACCAUGAAUUUGAUCACGACUGCAACCAUCAGGUAUGGCAACGCAAAAGCUGCUGCAGUUAGAAAAACGUUCAAUGAAACCAACAGAAGAGAAAUGUCCAAGUUUUUUGGAAUGUGCCUCGAAAUGGGUUUGGUGAAAAUGCCCACAUUGAGAGACUACUGCUCUUCAGAAGUGGCACUUGAUGGUCAUUUAACUCAUUGCGUACCGCGUGCUGCACAUGGUGCAGCACGCCUCUCUGCCUCUGCGCGGCCGCGUUUUCGUCCAAAACCACCCUAG